CGAGUGGAAUAGAAGAUCACACAGUGCAUCGGGGUUGCAUGGACAGAUGUGCUGAGUGCUGUGGUAUGUGGUGAACAAGACAGAAGAGGCCCUUGCCCUCCUAGAGCUUACAGUCUAGCAGGUUACUUUUAAAAGCAGUUGCUUGCUGAAGAGGAGUUACCCAGAUCAAUACUACCUGGAAGUGAUUACUAGAUCCUGGUGCUAGCCUUCAAGGAGGAAGCGGUCAGGACGACAUGAAUCAGCAAGUGAAGAGAAGGGCAAAGAGAGGUUGCCGUCAAGGUCUGCGUAGAAAGGCCCGCCGGGAGGUCAGGCCCAGCCAAGCUCGGCAAGUGGAAGUGGAGCCUCCCAACACAAUGGGGACCACCAGCAAGGAGGAUGGAUACUAUGAGACUGGGCAUCUGGUUAUGGAAGAGGAUUCCUUACCUGACUGUUACUUAGAAUACAUAAUAAGAGGUGAAUUCUCUCAACCCUUGAUUGAAGACAACACAUUCUUUUUUAAGUCCUUUGAAUACCAGGAGGAAGCAGCAGAGCAAGAGUUUUCUGAACAGGGUUUUGAAGAUCACUCACUUCUUCAAAGUUCCUUAGAAGACAUGAAAAAAGAGGCAAAACAAGAGCCUCGGCCUCCUCAACCGAUUGCCAGAGAGAAGGCACCUCCUGAGGAUUCUGAAUGCGUGACGGGCAAGAAGCUUCCUCCUGGAGGAGUACCUGGUGUUGACUUAUCAGAUCCUAAACAGCUAGCAGAAUUUGCCAUAAAGAAGCCAAGACAAAAUAAAGAAAAGGAUGAUCCAGUCCUGUGUCCUCACAGUGGAUGCACAAGAAAGUUCAGGGAUAAAAAUGCCCUGAAAAAGCAUUUCAUCGUUCAUGGUCCCAGAGACCAUGUGUGUGCUGAAUGUGGGAGAGGUUUCCUGGAGAGCUCAAAAUUAAAAAGACAUUUUCUGGUUCACACUGGAGAGAAGCCCUUUCAGUGCACUUUUGAAGGGUGUGGAAAACGCUUUUCCCUGGAUUUCAAUCUGCGUACACAUGUACAGAUCCACACUGGGGAGAAACGGUUUGUGUGUCCAUUUCAAGAAUGUGGCAAGAGGUUUAUUCAAUCAAAUAACAUGAAAUCUCAUGUGUUAACUCAUUCAAGACAAAAAACAAGUAAUGAAAAAGAAGAUGGAGUGUAAUCCUCUAGUAGAAUAAGCAUCUUUACAGAAGAGUAAUUGGGGGUGAAUAUGCCUCUUUGAUUAUUGUUUCUGGGAAAGAAUUUUAAAAUCAAUAUAGCAACCCCAUAGGGCUUUUUUUUUUUUUAAAUGUUACUAAGAUGCUCUUUUACUUCGUAAUACCAUUCUAAGAACAUUGUUGUAAUCUAAAGUAU